GCCAGGCCAGGGUCGACGCCUAUCUCUUGUCGGGUCUUUGCAGCGAAAGCCAAGCUCGCCCAGCAUGGACGGAGGCGAGGGACCAAUGGCGAUCCAGUUCACCGAGCACCUGCAGCUGUCUGCGCUAGGCAUUCCGCCGGCCAGCAUAGGCUUCAACACGCUCACUAUGGAGUCUGACAAGUUCAUCUGCGUGCGCGAUGAGAGUACGGGCACCAAGCAGGUCGUCAUCGUUGAUCUGUCGGAUGCCAACAAUGUCAUGCGCCGACCUAUCUCAGCGGAGUCUGCAAUCAUGCACCCCGACCAGAAGAUCAUCGCUCUUCGUGCGCAGAGGCAGCUCCAGAUCUUCGACAUUGGUCAGAAAGCUAAGGUCAAGGCACACCUCAUGACAGAAGAGACCGUCUUCUGGAAAUGGCUCGAUCACUCUACCCUCGGUAUCGUCACAGAUACUGCCGUCUAUAGCUGGUCGAUCUCCGGUCAAGAUGCGCCCGUCAAGGUCUUUGACCGUCAUGCGAGUCUAGCCGGCCAUCAGAUCAUCAAUCUCCGCCAAACCUCUGACGGCAAAUGGCUCGUCCUUGUCGGUAUCUCGAGCAACACGACCAACCCAUCAGCCUUCAAGAUCAAAGGCAGCAUGCAGCUCUACUCGCGCGAACGUGGAGUCAGCCAGCCUAUCGAAGGACAUGCGGCGGCUUUUGCGGAGAUCAAGCUCGACGGUAGCGCGGUAGAGACGAAGCUCUUUGCCUUUGCCAACCGCACCCCGACAGGCGGAAAGAUGCAUAUCGUCGAGAUUGACAAGCAACCGAAUUCACCACCGUUCACGAAGAAGGCAGUCGAUGUCUUCUUCCCCGCCGAAGCCGCUGCAGACUUUCCGGUCAGCAUGCAAGUCUCUAAGCGCUAUGGGAUUGCCUACAUGGUCACCAAGUACGGCUUCAUCCAUCUUUACGACCUCGAAUCCGGCGCUUGCAUCUACAUGAAUCGUAUUUCUGGCGAUACCAUCUUCGUGACAGCAGAGCACGAGGCAACGAGUGGCAUCAUUGGCGUCAAUCGCAAGGGUCAAGUGCUGUCGGUCAGCGUGGACGAGAACAAUAUCAUCCCGCAUGUCUUGGAAGUGCUCAAUAAUGUUGAUCUGGCCGUCAAGCUUGCCUCUCGAGGCGACCUGCCCGGAGCAGACGAGCUCUACGUCAAUCAAUUCAAUCAGCUCUUCAACUCAGGCUCGUUCUCUGAGGCUGCAAAGAUUGCUGCCAAUUCCCCUCGCGGCAUCCUCAGGACCCCGACAACGAUCGAGCAGUUCAAACAAGUGCCUGUUCAGCCUGGCUCCACUUCGCCUAUCUUGCAAUACUUUGGCAUCUUGCUGGAACGCGGCAAGCUCAACAAAUACGAAUCGCUUGAGCUCGCUCGUCCCGUCCUUCUGCAAGGCCGCAAGCAGCUGCUGGAGAAAUGGCUGAAGGAAGACAAGAUCGAAUGCUCAGAGGAGCUUGGUGAUCUUGUGAGAGCACACGAUAUGACACUUGCACUCUCAGUAUACCUGCGCGCCAAUAUUCCGAACAAAGUCGUCGCGUGCUUCGCAGAGACUGGUCAAUUCGCAAAGAUUGUCGUCUAUGCUAAACGUGUGGGUUAUACGCCCGACUACGCUUCGCUACUGCAACACAUCGCUCGUAUCAAUGCAGAGCAAGCGGGCGAAUUUGCUGGACAGCUUCUCAAUGACGACUCGGGUCCUCUGGUGGACCCCGAGCGCGUUGCUGAUAUCUUCCAGGGUCAAGGCAUGAUACAGCAGGCGACCGCAUUCUUGCUCGAGGCACUCAAGAACAAUCAGCCAGAGCAAGGCCAUCUUCAGACUCGGUUGCUCGAAAUGAACCUCGGCGCAGCCCCUCAGGUGGCAGAUGCGAUCUUGGGCAACGACAUGUUCUCAUACUUUGAUCGCUCGCGAAUUGCCAACCUUUGCGAGAAGGCAGGUCUCCUGCAGCGCGCACUUGAUCUGUACGAGGACAUGGCGGACAUCAAGCGCGUUGUCAUCCACACAAACCUCUUGGAUCCCGAAUGGCUCGUCAGCUACUUUGGCCGGUUGACGACGGAUCAAACCUUCGAGUGCUUCCAGGAGAUGUUGCGAGUCAACAUUCGCCAAAAUUUGCAGAUCGUCGUUCAGGCGGCAACAAAGUAUUCUGACCUGAUCGGGCCUGUGCGACUCAUCGAGAUGUUUGAAGGCUUCAAAAGCUUCGAGGGCCUCUACUAUUACCUCGGCUCGGUAGUUAAUAUCAGCGAGGACUCAGAAGUUCAUUUCAAGUACAUACAAGCGGCAACGCGCACAGGUCAAGUCCGCGAAGUCGAGCGUAUCUGUCGAGAGAGCAAUUUCUAUAAUCCCGAAAAGGUCAAGAACUUUCUCAAGGAAGCUAAGCUCACGGAUCAGCUUCCGCUCAUCAUCGUCUGCGACCGCUUUGGCUUCGUUCACGAUCUGGUUCUAUACCUCUACCAGAAUUCAAUGGUCAAUUUCAUCGAAGUCUAUGUUCAGCGAGUCAAUUCUACGCGUACGCCGCAGGUCAUUGGCGGUUUGCUCGACGUCGAUUGUGACGAGACUGUUAUUAAGCAGCUUCUGAGCAGUAUUGUUGGCCAGUUUCCGAUUGAUGAGCUGGUCGACGAAGUAGAGAAGCGCAACCGGCUCAAGCUCAUCCUGCCUUGGCUGCAAGCGCAAGUCGCCGCUGGUCAGAAUGAUCCUGCUAUUUACAACGCUCUCGCAAAGAUUGCCAUUGACAGUAACAACAAUCCAGAGGCUUUCCUCAAGGAGAACAAUAUUUACGAUCCCCUAAUCGUCGGCAAAUACUGCGAACAACGCGACCCUUACCUAGCCUACAUCGCAUACGCCAAGGGCCUCUGUGACAACGAACUGAUCCAGAUCACUAAUGACAAUUCGAUGUUCAAGCAUCAGGCUAGAUACCUUGUCCGGCGUCGUCAAGCAGACCUUUGGGCGCAAGUCUUGCGUGAGGACAAUAUCCACAAGACUCAGUUGAUUGACCAGAUCAUCUCUACGGCUGUGCCGGAAUCGACGAAUCCAGAUGAUGUCUCUGUGACAGUGAAAGCCUUCCUGUCUGCGGACCUGCCGACGCAGCUGAUCGAAUUGCUCGAGAAGAUCGUUCUCGAGCCGUCCGCCUUCAGCGACAAUAGCAAUCUGAAGAAGCUCUUGAUGCUCACCGCCAUUCGCACGGACAAGGGCAAGGUCAUGGGCUUCAUCGAUCGCAUCGAAGGCAUUGAUGUGAACGAAAUCGCCAGCAUUGCGAUUGAAAACGAUCUCUACGAGGAGGCCUUCACGCUGUACAAGAAGCACAACGAUCAUCUCAGCGCAGUCAAUGUGCUUGUAGAAUUCAUUGUCAGCAUCGAUAGAGCCUAUCAGUAUGCCAAUAAAGUCAACCAGCCCGCGGUAUGGAGUCGUCUCGGCAAGGCUCAGCUCGACGGACUCCGAAUCAAAGACGCAAUCGAUUCGUAUAUCAAGGCCAACGAUCCAUCAAACUAUGAGGAAGUCAUCGAGACGGCAGGUCGCGCAGGCAAGCAUGACGAACUGGUCCGAUACCUUCAGAUGGCCCGCAAGACGCUGCGUGAGCCAAAGAUUGAUACUGAGCUCGCAUUUGCGUACGCUCGGACGGACCGUCUGCAUGACAUGGAAGAGUUCCUCGGCAUGACAAACGUCGCCGACCAGCUAUCUGCCGGUGAGCUCGCCUUUGAGGCCGGCUUGUACGACGCUGCGCGGCUCCUCUUCACGAGCAUCUCCAAUUGGGCUCGCCUCGCCACCACGCUGAUCUAUCUCGGCGAGAAUCAAGCCGCUGUUGAUGCUGCUCGCAAAGCUGGCAAUACGCAAGUCUGGAAGCAGGUCAAUGCUGCGUGCGUGGACAAAGGCGAAUUCCGACUGGCCCAAGUCUGUGGUCUGAACCUCAUCGUACAUGCCGAAGAACUGCAAGGCCUGGUCCGCAUGUAUGAGAACCGCGGACACUCGGAAGAGCUCAUGAGUCUCAUCGAAGCUGGACUCGGACUCGAACGCGCUCAUAUGGGCAUGUUCACCGAGCUAUCGAUCCUAUAUGCCAAAUAUCGUACUGGCAAGCUCAUGGAGCACCUCAAGCUUUUCUGGUCCCGCAUUAAUAUACCCAAAGUCAUCCGCGCAGCCGAACAAGCGCACCUUUGGACGGAGCUUGUCUUCCUAUAUACAAAGUAUGACGAAUUCGACAAUGCGGCACUCGCAAUGAUUGAGCACUCUUCGGACGCCUGGGAGCACAAUCAGUUCAAGGAUGUCAUUGUCAAGGUCGCAAACAUCGAGAUCUACUACAAAGCACUGUCUUUCUACCUCGGCGAGGCACCUACACUCUUAUCUGAUCUUCUGAGUGCGCUUGCACCCCGCGUCGACCAUACGCGCGUCGUUCGGAUGUUCCAGAAGAAUGACAAUUUGCCACUGAUCAAGAGCUACCUGAUCGCGGUCCAACAGUACAACCUGCCAGCGGUCAAUGAGGCAUACAAUGCUCUGCUGGUUGAGGAGGAAGACUACAAAGUACUGCGCGAUUCUGUCGAUAACUUCUCCGAAUUCGAUCAGCACGAUCUCGCCAGGACGCUCGAGAAGCACGAGCUUCUUGAAUUCCGAAGACUAGCCGCACAUAUCCAUAAGAAGAAUGCGCGCUGGGACGAGUCAAUAUCCCUCUCCAAAUCUGACAAAAUGUAUAAGGAUGCGAUCGAGACGGCAGCUGAGUCAGCGCAAGUAGAGCUAGCCGAGGAGCUAUUGUCAUACUUUGUCGGGCUGGGCCAUCGCGAAUGUUUCACAGCGAUGCUGUUCAUUGCUUACGACCUCUUACGACCGGACGUUGUCGCAGAACAUACAUGGCGACAAGGACUUAAUGACUUUGCGAAACCCUACGAAUUGCAGCAAUCGCGAGAUCAGUCUACGCGAAUAGAAGCACUGGAAACGCAGAUUAAAACACUCAGUGCAAAGGACGCGAAGAAGGAAGCAGACGAGAGCUCCCAGCCUAUUAUCAAUCCUGGCGGCUUCGGCAACCGGUUGAUGAUCACCAGCGGAGGUCCUGGGAUGACGAACGGAGUGAAUGGCUUUCAGCAGCCAAUGAUGACCGGCAUGCCUCAGCAGCCAAUGAUGACAGGCUACCAACACCCUACGAGCCUGUCGAGCUUACAGCAGCCUCCAAUGUACUAGCCUUUAUGCAUCUCUUUACGCGCACUUAUGUGCACUGACGCAUCCAG